AUGGGGGACGAAACAAACCCAAAAGCUUUUCCUCUUGCUGAUGCAGAAUUAACCAACCAAAUACUUGAUUUAAUUCAACAAGCUUCACAUUAUCGACAGCUGAAAAAAGGUGCAAAUGAAGCCACAAAAACAUUGAAUCGCGGCACAUCCGAAUUCAUUGUAAUGACGGCUGACGCACAACCAAUUGAGAUCUUGCUGCAUUUGCCAUUACUCUGCGAAGACAAGAACGUUCCAUACGUUUUCGUACCAUCCAAAAUAGCAUUAGGACGUGCUUGUGGAGUGAGUCGUCCCGUGAUUGCUGCCUCGAUAACAAGUAACGAGGCAUCAGAAUUAAGACCGCAAAUUCAACAGAUUAAAGGACAAAUUGAGAGAUUGCUAAUCUGA